UUUGAUGUAACGUUGGAGAUGUGAAAACGCCUCUAUUUUUGCUUCCGCCAGUGAACCCACCAAGGCAUAUUCUUCUGCACAAACAGGCUCUUCACUUUCUUGCAGAAAGGCGCAGACUUGAAUGACCCAGACCCAGAAAGCUUUGCGCGGUUCGUGGGCGUUGAAGGAGCCAUGACUCCCGGGCAUUUGUAUUUGAUCUCCAGAGUUUGCAAAGAUGCAGCUGGGGCAGCUGGAAAUAUCUUUGCUAUUGGCCUGUUCGUGUCACCAAUAUCGACUUUCAGAAGAAUUGUCAGAAACAAAUCAACAGAACAUUUCUCUGGCUUGCCAUACAUGUAUGCCCUCCUAAAUUGCUUGAUUUGCAUGUGGUAUGGGUCGCCCCUUAUAUCACGUGACAAUCUCCUGGUUCUGACGGUCAAUUCAGCGGGUGCGGUGUUUCAGUUUGUAUACAUAGUACUCUUCAUAACAUAUGCUGACAAAGCAGGCAAGGUGAGGAUGACAGGAUUUCUCCUGGCAAUUAUUGGCGCUUUUGCAGUCGUAGUUGCUGGAAGUUUGCAAAUACCUGAACUCGCCCUGCGAAGGAUGACUGUGGGGUUAUUGAGUGGUGCUUCUCUCAUAUCAAUGUUUGCUUCUCCGCUCUUUAUAAUUAAUUUGGUGAUCCGGACUAAAAGUGUCGAAUUCAUGCCAUUCUAUCUCUCUCUUUCCACAUUCCUGAUGAGCACGUCUUUCCUUCUCUAUGGAUUGUUUAAUGAUGAUAUCUUCAUUUAUGUUCCAAAUGGGAUUGGAACUAUCUUGGGUAUCAUACAAUUGGUAUUGUACUUCUACUUUAAGCGUAGACCUGAAGAUAAGUUGAAGGAACCUUUGGUGGCACCAAAUGCAUGAGCAUCAGCGCUUUGAAAAAAGUUUGAUCAGGACUUGUGCGGAAGGAGGGUAAUAAGGUGGGUCUCAGCGCUCACGAUAACUGGAUAAUUCACUACUAGUGAAUUAUGUGAGAGAUUGCAUUGCUGAUUAAGACUGAUGCUGUUAAAUUGGAAAGCCCUGUGGCACGGCUCAACUAUAUUAGAACUGCGUCUGUGUUGGCAAUGGAUGGAUAAAUAAGUCGCCAAAGUGACGGGAGAAAACUGACAUUGCAAUACCGCCUGGAAGAAUUCAAUGAAGAAAUAUGGCCCGGCAUCAUUCGAUUCUCUUCCAGUGGUCAGAUGAGAACAGGGCUUUUUUGAGAAGACACUGUGUAGCAUAGCCUUAGAGCUCAAUCAAUUUCACUUUCUUUUUAGAUUAGAUGUUCUGGAGCUACAUAAGCCAGUGAAUGACUCAAAAAGUGCUUCAAGAGAGUUCUCAUUCUGAU